AUGGUUCGAUGCAGUGGGCGGGGGGAUUGGAGGGAUAAUUGGCCUGGGUGGGAUGGGUACAGUUACAGCUGGAGGUAUGCUAGGGGUGACUUUUGGGGAGGUGAGCUUCAGCGUUAUCUCACAUCGUCGGACUCUACGAAAUAUGAUAUCAUACCCGGCGGUUUCAAAGAAGGUGAAAUAAGAAACGGAUAUUACGAUGAUUCUGGUUACUACCAGGCCAGUUCCAUGGUAGGCGACAUUAAAAGAAUCAUAAACAAGUAUUCUAAAAAUCAUAAUUUUUUCCGCGACGUGUUCGUCACUUCCGCUAUUGCCUCUACCGGCUUGGAGCAUGUAAACACGGCGAACGCUGUUGGUUUGGUGGGCGUGUUUUGCGAGAUUGUGAAUGAGGAGGCAAAGAAAGAUAAAGAAGGCGGAGAGUUAAUUAAGCAACUGAAUGACGACUUGAACAAACAAGAAGAAUUUCAAGGGAGAUCCAUAAAUUGGGGUGAAUUGAAAAAGCAUUGCGCCAGACUUAAAAAUUCCCUAAUAGACAAAUUGUUCAACGAUCGAUACUUUAACCACACUGGCCAAUCUCCGGGCAUGCAAAUGCUCAGCGCCGAAGCAUUUGCAAGACACACGGCGCAGUGGUUCAGGAAUAACUUGUUGACAGUGCGGCAGAACUUGAGGAAAAGUUACCGUUUUGAUUACACUUCCAGAGCGGUCUCACUGAAUUAUCUUGCCACAAAAUUUAUCUUCCCCCACGGGUUCAUAUUUGGUAAACCAAAAUAUGGAACGCUGGGGGACGAUCGGCAUACUUUGAAGAAGGAUUGGCCUAAAUUCAUUGAAGAGCUUAAGAAAGACGGCACCGGCCUAAAAAAGCUUACAAGAAUUCUGAAAGGUGAGACGUCUCAAACGCAAGGCCCCGGAGGGUCUUUUGUCGCAGAUGACGAUAAAUCAGAAGACGACGAUUCAGAAGAGGCAACAAAGCCUGUUAUCACAAAAGCCGAGGCGAAGAAGCCUGUGGCUGCAAGGCCAGAGUCUCCAAAGACAACUGUACUUAUCUCAACACCUCCGAUCACUGUGCCAAAAACAGUUGAAGUUCCGCCUGCCAAGGUCCCCGAAGCCCCCAAGGAAGUUGUGCCGGAGAAGAAAGUUCCGGUCACACCACCUAAAAAGCCUGAGGCCCCGCCUGCGAAAGUUCCUGAAGUACCUAAGAAGCCUGUGCCCGAAAAAAAGCCUCCGGUCAUACCUACAAAAACUGACAGCGCAAGGCCAGUUGCCACUAAAACAGAGGCCACUAAACCUGUGGCCACUAAAGUCGAAGCAACCAAAACUGAGGCCGCAAAACCUGUGGUCACCAAGGCCGAGGCGGCGAAGCCGACUGCCAGUAAACCUGAGGGUGCACAGAACCAAGGCAAGAAAGCGGAGGGAACUCCAAAUCAGAAUAACGGUCAAAGUGAAGAAGAGUCUCCACCUUCAUCUCCGACUCCCGGUGAUACUGGUCCACCAGGGCCUGCUGGGCAAGCACCUACGGUGUCUUCUUCGGCUCCAAGUUCACCAGUUAGAAAUGCUGAUCAGCCACAACCUCCAGCUCCACUCCCACCGCCACCAGUUCCUCCCCCUCCAACUGCUCCACCUCCCCGUCCAAGCUCUCCCCCCAGUACUGCUGCAACCCCUGGCUCCCCGGGUCAGGAUUCAGCGGCCGAUGAUGCUCUAGGUUCAAAGCCUACUCCCCCUCAAGUCACUGUGCUUAAUCAGCCUCCGAGUGCUUCAGGUUCAAGCUCUGGGUAUAGUGGUGGAUCUGGCGAUUGUAACGGCUUGCCUAAGGAUACGAUCCAGGAUGGACACACUACUGCCACCUCGCAUGUGACAUCUCUGGGCGCCACGCCCUCCGGUGGUAGGGACCCUGGCUCUGUUUCUCAAGCUCCGACAGGCCAGAGGACACAAGAUGUUCCACAUGCCGUUCAAACCUCGCAUACCGAUCAUGGAGCCAUUCAAGUUGGAGGCGCUAGUCAGAACUCUCCUUCCCUGGUUUCUAUUCCAGUUCCAGGUGGAGGUAUAGGAGAUGGUGAUGUGGGUGAUGGUAACGUUACGGGCAGUGAUAUUCAGGAUAGGUCCGCCGCCAAACAAAAUGUUCGUCCAUGCGAUAUUCAUUUCUUGAUGCACAAUCACCAUCAUGGCAAGGAGGUAACCUGUAAUGAAACAUAUAAAACGUCUACUUGGAAGCUGAGUAGCCAAAAGACUCUCCAGACGCUUUGGGAUGAAAAUGCGGAAAAAGGGAGCGAAAAACGUAAAAUAUUGCACCACCCUUAUUUGUCCAUACAUUCAAAUUCGAGUCUAACUAGUAACCCAGGGCGAUAUGUUCCCCCUACCAAUACCAUUCUUGAUCGGUUUGAGUCUUUCCUACGUAGGGGCGUUGGUGUUAUUAGUGGCAAGCAAACUUACCUUCCACCUCCAAGAAUACCGUUUUACCCAGCUUAUAGACACCGCUUCCCUCUAAUUGGCUAUGAGGGGCCUGAUAUAUUGAACCAAGAAAACCCGGACGACGAAUGGAGGAAAAAACAAAUUCGGCUUCAGCUAAAAGAAUUUCGAGAUAAGAAUGAUGAAAUACUGAAUCGUCUCGAAAUGAAAGUCAUUAAACCUCCUCCCAUCACGCUGCCGGACGCCGGUGUUGUGGUAGGUCACCCGCUGAAUCAGCCAAAAACCACGAAGCACACCACGCCUUUGCCACCUCUACAACAACUUGUUAGUAAGUUUCUACCAGAAUAUAGUCCCUAUUCUAUUCUGGUUUCCCGUGAAGACAUCUACCCGUCCGACCCGCCUAUAAAUCUUAAAAUAGAAAAGCCAAACGCCCCGGAAGGACAACACACGACGGAAGUGUCAAAUUCUGAAUCGAUUCACGGCGCUCUGAUGGAACCUGGACGUCCGAUUAAGGCGUUUCUCGGUAAGUCACCGAAUUCGUAUGAAGAAGCUGCGGGGAUACAAAAGUUCGAUGAACGGGGUUAUGAGGAUUAUGCGACUUACUACAGCCUUAAUGUCAUGCCAAACAUUCACGUCUGUCGUGACCCCUGGCACGUUGAUCUAUCCUCCCCUGAUCCUACCUCUCCAUCACCCUCCCCUGCCCCAGACUCGAGCAAUUUGCCUCCUCCCACUACCGUCCGCGGGAUACUCUUCUGGCUUGUCGGCCUCCUCGAAUAUGGAUAUGUCAAGCGUAUUGAGAAGCAUGUUGAAGGUAUAUUUGAAUAUAUUGAUAAAGAUGCUGGCUUUCCGUACAAGCCUCAUGAUGUCACCGUGCCACGUGCACCCAUGGCCUCUUCCCUUGUCGCUCAGACCCUGAACGAAGCUUGUCACUAUGCAGCCAGUGUUCUUUACAAAAUAAAGAAUAAAGACAUUUCGGAGGCUAUUAAAGAUUUUGAUUUCAAAUCGGAAUAUCGGAAGUUGUAUUACUCUUCCGAUCCCGAUUGUCUCCUCUGCCAGCUGCGAGAUUAUGUGUACGCUGCCCAUCACCAAGUGGCGUUCCUCCGUUGGCAGUGUUCUCGGGACCAAUCACAUGGUGGUUGGAAGGAUUGUAAUUACGGCCUUUAUGUGAAUGUUUCCGACUCCCCCCUCCAGGCUUUUCUUACUGACAGGUGGGACUGCGGCUUCGACACUUCUUUCUUCGACCCGUGCAACAUCUGCCUCCAAAGUCGUGUCAGGAUGGGAUUCAGAGACGAUCAUUUUUAUAAAGAAAAGCAACAAGGCAGUGUCCUUUACUACAUCCUCUCUCCCCUGUGUGACCCCGACGACCCUUUGUUGACAUUGUCAUCCUACCUUUUCUGCCUCACCAGAAGAACGCCGCGCACCACCGGGGAGCUCGUUUCUUUCUUCCACAAUUUUGGCAACGCACUUCACGACUAUGAUUCUGAGCUAUUGUCCGACCUGGGAUACUCCUUCAUUGAGCAUCCUGUAGACUAUUUCUUUUGGGCUCAUAUCAAGGAAUCCGACCUUGACGCCGUACGGGAGCUCCGGGGUUGUAACCGUACUGUCGAGUGCCAUGACCAUUACAUGACACUGUCUACUCUAAUUGGCUGUAACCUUUAUCCGGUUCCCUGCCCGCAACAUCUCUUGCCCAUCACCUACCAGGCAUACGCCCUGUAUUCACCGAGCUUUGCACAGACCUACCUCAGCUGGACGGUAUACUUACCUGACAGACUACACGAAUCACUGAAGAGGCUGAGUAUAAAUCUCAAGAUGCAUGAUCUUACCAAAUGCAAAUCACUGUACAAGUGUCCAAAGGCCAUGUGCAUUCUCUACUUUCACGGCUUUGCGGCACCGGAUGAUCCAUUAACGUCCCAAGUCGCCUGUUCGGAUGUCAUCGCCAAGUUGGAUGCUGUGAUAGAAGGCACGCCUAUAACUACGGUUUUGACUCGUGUGGACGAUUUCCUCUACAGAGUCCGGAAGCCUUUCAUCACUCUUGUGUUUACAUUGUGGUCCCUCGCAAUCACGUUGCUCGCCAACACAGUGCUCUACCGCAUGGACGUCCUCCACAUCCGCUCCCACCUCCUCACCACCAGGGCCUCACACCUCAUCGACGUCAAGGCUUUGCUCUCCACCAGCAGGAGAAUGCUCUCACUCUACAAGGACGUCGACUACUUCGACGAUGACUUUGGCACGUGA